CUGCGGAGGCACUGAUAGGCUCGGAUACUCAGCGAGAGACAGCGACCAGACCCUCCCUCCCUCUCUCUCUCUCUUCUUCUCCUCUUUCACAAUCUCUCGUGUCUCACUCUGCUGUCGUAAAGGCUGCAGACUGCACACACUCAGUGUGUCCAUCUCUCUCUCUCUCUCUCUCUCUCUCUCUGUCCUGCUGUCUCACUCAGCAUUUCAGGAACAGAAGCUGACUCUUCUGCACUCUUCUCUGCAUGACUGUCACAAAGAUGUCAUGGCGGCCGACCUACCGGAGCUCCAAGUUUCGAAACGUCUAUGGCAAAGUGGCGAACCGAGAGCACUGCUUCGAGGGCAUCCCAAUCACAAAGAACGUCCAUGACAACCAUUUCUGUGCGGUCAACGCCAAGUUCCUCGCCAUAGUAACGGAGAGCGCGGGAGGAGGAUCUUUCGUUGUGAUCCCGGUCACUCAGUUUGGCCGUAUCGACCCUCACUAUCCAAAGGUCUGUGGUCACCAAGGCAAAGUGCUGGACAUCAAAUGGAAUCCUUUCCAUGACAACAUAAUCGCGUCUUGUUCAGAGGACUCUUCUGUACGAAUAUGGGAGAUUCCCGAUGAAGGACUGAGAAGGAAUUUGACAGAGCCUGUAUUAGAACUGUAUGGUCACAGCAGACGCGUGGGCCUCAUAGAGUGGCACCCAACCACUAGUGGGAUUCUCUUCAGUGCUGGCUAUGACUACAAGAUCCUGAUUUGGAAUCUGGAGAUUGGGGAGCCGGUGAAAAUGAUUGACUGCCACACAGACGUGGUCCUCUGUAUGUCAUUUAACACAGAGGGGAGUCUGCUGGCCACCAGCUGCAAGGACAAGAAGCUCCGCGUCAUUGAGCCCCGCUCUGGCAAAGUGCUACAGCAGGAGGCAAACUUUAAAAACCACAAAGUGAACCGUGUUGUGUUCCUAGGCAACAUGAAACGACUCCUAACGACAGGCGUGUCUCGCUGGAACACACGCCAGAUUGCUCUCUGGGACCAGGAGGAUCUGUCCAUGCCAAUCAUUGAAGAGGAGAUUGACGGCCUGUCAGGACUGCUUUUUCCAUUCUAUGAUGCAGACACACAUAUGCUCUACUUAGCAGGCAAGGGAGAUGGGAACAUCCGGUAUUAUGAGAUCUCACUGGAGAAGCCCUACCUGCAGUAUCUCAUGGAGUUCAGGUCCCCUGCACCACAGAAAGGCCUUGGAGUGAUGCCAAAGCAUGGACUAGACGUAGGAGCGUGUGAAGUCUUCAGGUUUUAUAAGUUGGUGACUCUAAAGGGCCUGAUUGAGCCAAUCUCUAUGAUUGUACCUAGAAGGUCUGAAACCUAUCAGGAGGACAUAUAUCCCAUGACUCCCGGAACAGAACCUGCUCUGUCUGCUGAUGAGUGGCUCAGUGGAAUCAACCGAGGUCCGGUGCUUAUGUCCUUAAAAGAGGGCUACAACAGACCCAACAAGCUGGUGUUCAAGGCCCCAGUGAAGGAGAAGAAGGGUGGAGUGGUCAAUGGGAUUGACCUGUUAGAAAACGUGCCUCCCCGUACAGAGAAUGAGCUCUUGCGGAUGUUCUUCAGGCAGCAGGAAGAGUUACGCCGACUGAAGGAUGAACUUGCACAGAAGGACAUUAAGAUCAGACAGCUUGAGCUGGAGCUCAAUAACUUAAGGAACAGCCCAAACAUCAACAACAAUAACAACAGCAGCAAUGGUAGCAGCAUUUGACGUGGGAUCUGUGCUGUUUCUGUUGAUCUCCUGAAGUGACACUAGCUAUAAGCCCCCAGCGCUGCUGAAACACACGGGCUUCCUUUUUCCUAACACUCAAAUAUCCUUCCUUCAAGACCUCUGGAGACCAAGCGCUUGUCUUCAUAAAGCAGUGUUUCACUCCGACCCUCAGUGUUGACCCCACAGCUGCAGUGUGCUAAGUUGACUUUUUUGGACUGAUGAUUCACUUACCCUGUGAAAAGUCUCCCAUCUUCAGUCACACUGCCAGUCUACCUGCAGUGGAUUGAUUCUCCUUAUAGGGAUUGAUUUUGGUACAAGCUAUUCAUUGCAUUAUCAUCUCAUAAUUGUAGACUUUAAAUAUUAGAAUUAUUUAUUUCAUUUUCUUGUUUCCUUUGUGUCAUAGCCCUUGUUUUAAACAGCUUAAUAAGUCCAUAUAGAGAUAACAAAAAAGUGUUUUAAUAAGGUCAAACAGACAUGUUUCACCCAUCAAGCUCAAUCUCAUGUAAACAAGACUAGUUCUAUUGCAUCAUUAUUAUAUGACUCACAGUGCUGUUUUAAUGUAGAAACUCAAGCACCACAGUCCAGUAAUCUUGCGACAGAUGACUUUUACCCAAUUGACAUGCUCCUGAGUCCUGAAGUUUCGAGUUUGUAUUAAUAUAGUAGGGGACUCUAGUCUCUAUAGUAGGGGAAAUAUGUUCAAGUCAGUCUAUAUAAGCAAUAUAGCUUAUAUAAUUCAAAUGUUUUUUUUUUUUUUUUUUCAUUUAAAUAAACUUUUGCAAUAUAGGCUACUUGAUGGAAAAAAAUCCACUAAUUGUAAAAUCCAAUCAUGACAUAAAUUAGCAAUAGAUGUAGUAUUAGACACCUAUACACUGUAGUUCCAUAGGAAGGUUCAAAGAACCUUUUUUUAUUUCAGUAUGAUGAGGGCAAUUGUUUAUUUUAAAGACUGUCUGUGGUUUACAAGGCAUAAUGGAGCAUUGUUUUUAUUAUUAUUAACAUUUAAAUGAAACCUAUUCCAUUUUCAGUGCUUACCUUUAAAUUAAGUGUCUUGAGUUUCAGGUUUGUAGCUUGUAACAAUGAAUUUAUCCUUUCCGUUCGGAUAUAAUUCAAAUUGUUGACCUCUUAUACAUAGCCUAGCCUAUUGCGUUAUAGAUUGGAUGUAAAUUAUUGUAAAAUGCAUAGUAUUCCGCUUUGAAUUUUCAAUAAGCGAUUUUAAGUGUUCUAUUGUAAAGUGGACAAAUUCGCUGUGGGCAAAUAUCAUGCGCCACAAAACACUACAGGUGCAGUCACGCUCUUCAAAGCGCAAAAGUUAGCCUACCUUAUUAAUUAUUAUAUAUGAACACAUUUAUUUUGCCUAGAACAAACUGGAAAAGAUCGGCUUUAAAAAUUGGCACACUUAUUGGGCCACCUAUGAUCUGAUCUGAUGUGUUACAUUCUUAUCCUUCGUAAAACUGAUGGAUCACUUGAUUCCUGAAACCUCUCAAACCUCACUCGACCAGGCAGCACGGAAAGCAAAGUCGGUCCUCCUCUGAGUGUUUGACAUUCUCUGGUUGUCAUUAUUUAAUUAAACACUAUAAACAUCAA